GUUUAGUCUGUCGGUCUCAUCCGAUAUUGAGAUCUGCCAGACUGAAAGAUCAACGCUGCGGGCGCCGGGACAACGGCUCAGCUGGCACUAAUCUUAGUGCAUAUAACUAACCUACGAGCCUUGUGGUUUAGUGCUUACGGUACCUCUCUCUACUGAGCUGAACUAUGAAUCUACUGUUUUCUUCCCAAGCUCCACCAGGCUCCAAAAUAAAGAAGAAGCGACCUGCACGACCCUGCCACUUUCUCGUCAAUCUACCACCAUUUAUCGAUCUCCCACCCACGCGACACAAUCAUGGCCACCAAUCCCACCACCAAGCCCCGGGCAAUCGUCAUAGUCCACGGCGCAUGGCACUCGCCCUCCCACUACUCCGACUUCACGACCGCUCUCCGCAAGCGCGGCUACGAGGUCCACGUGCCGCGCCUGCUGACCAUGAACGGCGUGCGCCCGCCCAACGCUCACCUCGAGGACGACACUGACCUGAUCCGCACCUACGUCGAGAGCCUGGUCGAGGCCGGCCGCGAGGUCAUCGUGCUCAUGCACUCCUACGGCGGGCAGGUGGGCACCAACGCACUCACGGGCCUCUCGACCGCCCAGCGCGAGGCCCAGGGCCUUUCCGGGGGCGUGAGCCAGCUCGUCUACAUUGCCGCCUUCGCUGUGACCGAGGGCACAUCGAUGAUUGAUCUCGUCGAGGCGCACGGCCACGGCGAAUACAUGCCGCUCGCUUUCGACUUCGCAGAGGACAAGACGACCGUCAGUCGGGAUCCGAAGGGUCUGAUCGUGGGGCCGGGGCGGUCCGACGAGGAGCUCGACGCCUAUGUCGCGGCCUUCCGGCCCCAUAAUGGCGGGGCCUGGUAUGAGAAGGUGCAGCGCUGUGCGUGGCGCGAGAUUCCGCGGGUGGCGUACAUCCAAGCGACGUUGGAUAUGAAUGUGCCGCUUCAGUACCAGAAGGAUCUUGUGGAGGUGAUGGAGCGGGAGACGGGGAGUCCGGUGAGGACGUUUGAGGUGGAGACCGGUCAUUGUCCGACUUUCACGAAGCCGGAGGAGGUGGCGGCGAUUGUGCAUGAGUUGGCGGUUGGGAAUUGAGAUGGAUAGGGGCGGGACCCUUGGGUGUUUUCUUCGUUGAAUGUAGGAGAUUAGACUGCUGUUCUGGCGGAUUGUUAUUGGCGGCCAUGUACCAUACGAUGAAAGGUUGUUGUAGUCUCGUACCCAUGUCUCUUGGUCUGUGGUAUCCACCCUAGACUCAGUAGACGCAGUAGCGAAUGGUCAUCAACGUACGUAGCACUGUAUAUAGUACCCGUGUUAGACC